AUGGCAAGUAGUAGUGGACCGAGUGGAGCUAGUGUGCCUAGUGGUCUUGAUGUGGCAUGGAAAUAUGCUCGUCCAAUAGAAGGCAAUAAGCAUGGCACCAUAUGCACAUUUUGUGAAUCCACAUUUAAAAGUGGUGGAAUUACACGGUUAAAGUAUCAUUUGGCCGAAUUUGAUCCACAUAAGAGUGUAAAGAAGUGCAAAGAAGUACCACCAGAUAUUAAGAAGGUAAUUGCAUGGAUAAAGGAGAAAGAGUCUAGCAAACAACAUAAGAAAUCUGUUGAAGAAAACAUAAGAUCUACAACAAGAGGGGGAUACAUGGACAAUAAAAGUAGCAAUCCUAUUGAUGAUGAUGAUGGAUAUGCAUAUCCUCCAGACAUGCACCCUGCGGAGAAAGAAGAUUACGUUUCUGUCAUUAGAGCGUCGAAGCAAGAAGAACAGUUUAGACAAGGAGGAUUUUAUGGAAUGGGAAGCAAACGAUUUUCAGGGGGAGCAAGUGGUAGUAGUCAACCGCAAUACCGUCGCACUCAAAGCCUUCGAGACCCACUUCCAUCUCCUCCAGUACUAAUGCCACACAAGAACACUAGAGUAAAACAGAGAACAAUCAAAGACAUGAUUAGAAACUCAGCAGAGGUACUUGGAAGAUACUGCAGCAAAUUCUUCGUACUUGAGAAUGUGGCUCCUCAAAAAGCAAGUUCCCCUCAUUUCAAGAACAUGAUUGUUGUAGCCCAACAAGCAGGUCAAGGCGUAGCCAUACCAUCACCAUAUGAAAUAAAGCAUAAGUACUUAGAUAUGGAACACACAGACAUGCAAGCCUAUGUGGAAAAGGUAAACGAAGAUUGGGGCGUGUAUGGAUACACCAUCAUGAGUGAUGGAUGGACUAGCCCCACGAGGUUGUCUAUAAUAAAUUUCAUGGUCUACUCAAACGGGAAAACAAUUUUUUUGAAAUCAGUGGAUGCUUCAAAUAAAACCAAGGAUGCAAAGUACAUUGCCAAAUUGUUGAAGGAUGUCCUAAAAGAGGUUGGGCCGUCGAAUGUUGUUCAUAUUGUCAUUGACAAUGGUUCAGCCUUUGUUAAGGCUGGAGAGAUGAUGAUGGAAUGGUACCCUAUUUAUUGGACUCCUUGUGCUGCACAUUGCAUUGAUCUAAUAUUUGAAGAUAUUGGGAAGCAAGAGUCGGUGGCUAAUGUCAUAAAUAAGGCUAGGAAAUUAACCAACUACAUUUACAAUUAUGGUUGGCUAUUGGCUCAGAUGAGGAUCUUUUGUCAAGGAGAUUUGGUCCGACCCGGUGCAACUCGAUUUGCGACAAACUACAUCACCAUCAAUAGCAUCUUAAAUAAGACAACUGGGUUGAGGCAACUUUUCACAAGUGAGGAAUGGUAUAAUAGUCGAUUUAGUGAAUCAGAAGAAGGGAAGAGAAUUGAAAGUCGAGUCCUUAAUCAUAGAUUCUGGGAUGCCAUGGAAGGAGUGCAAUCCAUCUAUGAGCCUUUAUAUAGCAUCUUGCGAAUUGUUGACACAGAGAUAAUGAAAGAGAAGAUUUCUAAGUUGAAGGGCAAAAAAUGGCUUCUCAAAAUCAUCAAUUACAGAUGGGAUGUCACAUUAUCUCGUCCAUUACAUCAAGUUGCCCACUACUUGAACCCUAGAUAUCAAUAUGAAAUAGGGGUUGUCCACAAUAAAGAGUUACUUUUAGGACUCCAACGCGUAUUUGAAAGGUUGAACCCAACUGGGGAUAGAGGUUUGCAAGCAUUUGGGGCCGAGGUGAUAAAUUUUAGAGACUGUAGAAAGACAUUUCGCACUGAGAUGGCCGUCAAAUCAAGAAAAUUGAUCCCCCCAGCAGAAUGGUGGAAUCUUCAUGGUGACUCUGCCUUGAACUUGCAAAAAAUUGCUAUGCGUAUAUUGUCACAGACAGCAUCAUCAUCGGCAUGUGAGCGAAAUUGGAGGCAACCAUCUAAUGAUGAUAAUAAUCCAAUUCAACAAUGGAUUAUAACAGCUCACUUGGAUGAUGAACAAGGCAACCUUGAUGCCGUUAUAGCACAACAUGCUGCCCAAGAAGGAGUUGAUGUUGAUAGAGUCAUAUCCGAAGAUGUUGGGAGUGGAGAUACUUCAUCAUUUGAAAGGGAUAUGCUUGGACCUAGGCAAGGUCAAAGACGUCCCUUCAGAGACAAUGCCAGUGCUAGUAGAAUGGAAAGUUCAUCCAAUUCUUUAGAUAAUGAUGGAGGAAGUAAUGCUGGAUCAGGAGGUAAUGAAGAAAGAAGACAAUACAACCCAUUUACUGUUGAGGCUGAUUUUACUCAUGCCACCCAAGAUGAGGAUCAUGGAUGCAGAGACGCUGGACCAGGCAUUGGCACAAUUGGGAAGCAAUACUCAAAGAAAGUAAGCCAACCAAUCAAUCCAUCUGAAGAGGACACGGCGAUCAGUUUUGGAUCUAUGAGCAUAGGAACUAGAUCUAGUACUAACUCAAAUGAAUCUUAUGAUGGCUAUGGUUAUGUUAUGUCUGAUUAUAGUGGAACUAGAUAUGAAGCUCAAGAUGAUGAAACAAAUUAUGGACCUACUAGUUGGGUUAAUCCUAACUAUCCCAUAUAUGGGAGGACAGUAGGGAGCUCAAGAGAGACAUAUGUGCACCAUGUUCAAACAUGGCUUACAAACUACUCGGGUACAUGA